AUGUUCAUUCUUUCGACUAUUUCCGAUCUUGUACAGAUCACCCCAGAGGAUUUCUCCAAAUUCAGUGCGGUGGCCAUCGAAGACAACAUUAAUGAGAAAUACGCCAACAAGAUUAUUCAAAAGGUUGGACUGUGCAUUGGGUUCUAUGAUUUGCUGAAAUCCUCUGAUGGCCUGAUUGGACAUGGAACUGGGCUUGUUAAUGUUAAUGUCACAUUUCGAUUACUUGUGUUUCGGCCAUUCAAGGGAGAAAUCAUCCUUGGCAAAAUCACAGGGUCAACCGAGGACGGUCUCAAAAUCGGACUCGAAUUCUUCAACGAUAUCCUUGUCCCCCGCAAAUGCUCUUCGAGAAUUCCAGCUUGUAAUGAUAUCGCCGAACAGCAUUGGAUCUGGGAGAGCGACGGGACCACCUUUCACUACGACACGGGUGAAAUAGUCAGAUUCCGUGUGGAAACCGAAGAAUGGCAUGACCAAAUUCCCACAGCGCCAGAGAAGACCAACGUGACUCCUGUCUCUGAGCGCAAGCCUCCGUACUCUAUACAGGCAUCGAUGUUGAUGCCCGGCCUGGGACCUAUCGUGUGGUGGCAAUAA